AUGGAAGGACGUAAUGUAAUCAUAAAUUCAGAAACAGGAAGCGGAAAAACUCUCUGUAAUUAUAUUUGUAAUUUUUUCAUAUCUUGCUCUAGCACUGGUUAUCUUUUGCCCCUGAUAAAUAAGUUAUAUUCCGACUAUGAGCUAGGCCCAAUAGUACCGCGUGCAUUGAUAUUGGCACCGACUGCUGAAUUAGUACAUCAGAUAUCAACCGUAUUCCGAAGCUUGGUACCAAAUAAUCAAUUUACUGCAUCCAUUGUUACAUCAAAAAGCACCCUAUUGAUAAAAGAUAAUACAGCUGCAAUUAUUGGUGUUCCCCAUAACAUUACCACAUAUCAUGCGCCAUCGUUACUGAAUAGUAUUGAAACGAUUAUUGUAGACGAAGCAGAUGCUUUAGUUACUGGAAGUGCUAGCCGUGAUGUUUGGACAAUGCUCAAUUGUAAACGAUUAAUGGUUGAAUCGAAGAAGGCAGACGAGGAAAAACAGACAAAAAUGACGGAAGUAAAUGUAGAAAUAUCAAGUAGUUCUAAACGCAUACCCAACCUUCGUCGUGGUAGUUCCAUUACUCGACAUGGAUUAGAUAGUAAAAAUUGCCAGUAUUUAUUUGUAGGAGCAACCUUACCUUCUAAUAAUAAUGAAAAAUCUGAAUAUGGCAUAAUACAUGGAUGGCUCAAAAAGUUAAACCCUACAUUAGUGCAUUUAGCUCGUACUGAAAAUGUUCACAAAAUUAUAUCAACGUUACAAUCGGAUUGUAUCAUGACUAAAAAUGACGAAAAAUUGGAAACAUUAUUGCAUAUAUUAGAUAAAGUAAAAAGUAAUUAUAAUGAUGAAAACAAGAUGACUCCAAACAAAAACUUAAACAGAUCACCUGUAGCUAAGGGUGAUCAUUUAAAAAUGAUAGUAUUUACCAAUACAGCAUACCAUGCAUUUGCAUUAUAUCGAUUUCUUGAUGGUACCGAUCCUAAUCUAAUGAAAGAGCCACAAAGGAGUGUAUUACCGUUACAUUUUGAACUAUUACCACCUGAACAAAAAGAAGAACUUAUAAACACUGUAAAUUUUGAAAAAAACUAUUUUAAAGCACAGUAUUCAAACGAGUGGAAAGGCAGGUGCGGUAUACUACAUAAGGACAUUCCAAUUGAAGUAAGAGAGGAAAUUCUGAAUAAAUUCAUCAAUGGAGAUAUACCUAUCCUCAUUACAACUGAUAUAGCAUCUAGAGGAUUGGAUAUUCCUAACGUUACAGCAGUUAUUCAAUAUGAUUUCGCUUUAAGUGCAGUUGAUUAUUUACAUCGGGCUGGUCGCACCGCCCGUAGUGGAAAUGAGGGGCAGUUUUUUAGCAUGGCUACUGAAAAUGACAGUUUUUUGGUCGAGGCAAUCAGAAAUAUCAAGGCUAGUGAAUCGUUCGACAGCGUGUUUAGCCGCAAUCGUAAUCUUAGAAGAAAAUUAAGAAAGCUCAAGAAGCAACAGACAGACCAAAAUGAUAUCAUAGAUAGCGAUGAGCCAAAUAGUGAAGCCGUUAAUUACUAA